CGCGGAAGUCGCGCGACGAAAAACGAAUGCAGAGCAGCACGGCCGCGCAGCAUGUAUUUGCUCAGAAAUUUUCGUUUGAUAUGCAGUGGAUUCCAACAGAAAAAUUUCCUGAACAGAGUAGCAGCCAUUAGGACGAUACACGGAACGGGCGCAGCCCAAGAUGCACUCGAUCUAUUGAAAGAUAUCGCAGUAACUCCUGACCAACCAGAGCUUUACAAAGAUGCUGUGGAGAUUUACAACCCAGCCUAUAGCUACGAACAUCCAGCCUUUGUUGCCUUCCCUAACAACACUGAUGACAUCAAACGUUGUCUGCAGGUAGCAACGAAGACUGGCGUUCGCGUAGCUGUCAAGUCCGGGGGACACAGCUUCGCUGGCUACUCCAGUACGGAUGCAAAGGGGUUUGUAAUCUCUCUUAAGAAUAUGAGUAAAGUAGAGCUCAAAGGUAACACGGUUACUGCUCAAGCCGGAGCGUGCUGGGGGGAUGUGUAUUCCGCUGUUGAUCAAACAAGUUAUGUUGCUGUGGGAGGGUGCGUUCCUUGUGUUGGUAUAGGUGGGUAUAUUCUCGGGGGUGGAUACAGUAUGCUUUCACGGGGGUAUGGUGGGUUGGCAUGUGACAAGGCUUUGGCUUUCACCAUGGUAACUGCUGAUGGGAAAGAUCUGGUCAAAGCAUCAGCCUCGGAGAAUCAGGACCUAUUUUGGGCUUUGAAAGGAUGCGGAGGUGGAAACUUUGGAGUCUUGGUUGAUGUUACUUUAGAGUUAUCUCAGCGACCAAAUCAGAGUAGAAUCGUUUAUGACACUGCAGAAGACAGUGAGCAGGGUUUUAAUUCAGUUGGCAAGAGUUUGAACAGCUUCCCAAAAGAGCUGAACCUUGACAUGGCCAUUCAUGGCUACUUUGGUAAGAAAACUCUCACUCUUGAUGCUGUCUACUCAGAUAUCCACGAGGACUUGGUCAAAGCAAGCCUUGAGGCUCUACACCCAGGAUCAGAAUCACCUCCUCAGAUGUUUGCAUCCUAUAUGGAGUUUACCACUGAGUACAGCAAGCGCCAUGGCUUUGUUCAUCAUGAAGUAGAACCGAUUUAUGUCAAGGGUACCAUGAUUGAUUCCCUUCCACCAUUGUUGGCCAAAUAUUUUGCCCACGUUGAGAUCCCACCAGAAUGCCUGUUAGAAUUUGUUCACAUGGGUGGUGAUAUUGCACAGUAUUCUGCGACAGCUACAGCUUUCCCUUUUCGUUCAGCGCAGUACAGUUUUUAUACGUACGGCCGCUUUCAUGAUCAUGAGCAAAGAGAGGAAGUUGUAAGAUUUGCAACAUCAGCAUAUGAAACUGUUAAGAAAUCUGGAUGUGCACUAGGUAGCUAUGUGAACUACAUGGACCGUCAUCUUAAGAACUGGGGCCAGAAUUUUUAUGGAGUGAACUAUCCUCGCUUGUGUGAAAUAAAACAAAAGUGGAAUCCUUUAGGCCAUGGUUCAUUGCACUUUCAACAGGAAAUUGGAUCCUCUUGGGAACCUAAUUAAAAGGCUGAAAUUUUUAUCACCUAACAAAGAUGCAAUUAUAAUGCAUGAGUCUCUUUAUGGCUAUUUCUGAUGAAAUUGUAGUUGAGAUGAUUGCUUUUGAAAACAUGACAAUCUUAUAGAUCAUAGUGAAGAUCGCAAAGCCUUUCUGAUCAAGAUUGACAACAUUGCAUAUAGUUGGGCAAUGAUGACAAAGGAAUCUUCCAAAAAGUGUGCUGCAUAUUCAGUUUUUGUUUUGCUUAUUAAACCUGUUGCUUUGUUAUUUUUUUAUUUCCUCCUUUGCUGUCAUGGUUGGUCAAGCUUGCUAGUAGUGUUUCUAUGCAAAACAAUUCUUGAUAUGUGACGAUUUUGUUGAGAAACUGACGAUUUGAUGGAAACACGUCAAAAACGUCGUCUUCAGGUACCCAUGGAGUCGAGGCUCAUGUAUUAACAAUAACUGAAUUAAAUAAAUAAGGUAGAUUGUGCCAUAUCUUACUCCUGUGAGAUUAUUUUAGAGCCUGUCCCAUCCCCUGAAUAAUAACAAAAGCAAAUUUUUAGGUUAACCCUUUAAGUCCCAAGAGUGACCAAAGUCAAUUUUCUCCCAACAAAAUCAAUACAUAAUCAAAGGAAAGUGUUGUGAGAAUCAAUAAAAUAAUCACCUGUUGGGAAAAGCUUUGUUAUACAAACAAAUUCUCUUAACCAAUUCUUGUAGGAAAUGUAUGGAGAUCAGUCUGGAGAGUUUGUAUUUGGAUACUGGGGUUUAAAGGCUUAACUAAUUCAAAGUCAAACCUCCAUGUAUGUGACCAUCUUCAGUAUCCAAGAAUAACCCCAAAAAAGUUUUCUCAGUCAAAGCAUCUGAAAAAACAUCUGAUUCAGUUAUCCAGACUAUUAGAUUUUCCUGUUGGGUAAGUAACUAUGCAUGCUUUCACUUGCUCAAUGGGCAAUUAGGACCAUCAGACAGGUCAUCUUCUAACUAGAAUCAUGAACAAAAGCCUUGGGACACUUUUGUGUUUCUGGAGCGUUUUCCAAUUCACACAGGUCCAACCCCUCCCCUCACCCCACAAACAAUGUUAGACACGUGUAUCUAGAAUUUUUUCUGAGUUUCAACUUUUUAUAGGGUGGGGGGAGGGAGAAGUGCAAC